AUGGCGAAGAUUGAGAAAAACGCUCCCACUAUGGAAAAAAAGCCAGAACUGUUUAACAUCAUGGAAGUAGAUGGAGUCCCUACAUUGAUAUUAUCAAAAGAAUGGUGGGAAAAAGUCUGUAAUUUCCAAGCCAAGCCUGAUGAUCUUAUUCUGGCAACUUACCCAAAGUCAGGUACAACAUGGAUGCAUGAAAUUUUAGACAUGAUUCUAAAUGAUGGUGAUGUGGAGAAAUGCAAAAGAGCCCAGACUCUAGAUAGACACGCUUUCCUUGAACUGAAAUUUCCCCAUAAAGAAAAACCAGAUUUGGAGUUCGUUCUUGAAAUGUCCUCACCACGACUGAUAAAAACACAUCUCCCUUCACAUCUGAUUCCACCAUCUAUCUGGAAAGAAAACUGCAAGAUUGUCUAUAUGGCCAGAAAUCCCAAGGAUUGCCUGGUGUCCUACUACCACUUUCACAGGAUGGCUUCCUUUAUGCCUGAUCCUCAGAACUUAGAGGAAUUUUAUGAGAAAUUCAUGUCCGGAAAAGUUAUUUGCGGGUCCUGGUUUGAACAUGUGAAAGGAUGGUGGGCUGCAAAAGACAAGCACCGGAUCCUCUACCUCUUCUACGAGGAUAUUAAAAAAAAUCCAAAACAUGAGAUCCACAAGGUGUUGGAAUUCUUGGAGAAAACUUUGUCAGGUGAUGUUAUAAACAAGAUUGUCCACCAUACCUCAUUUGAUGUAAUGAAGGAUAAUCCCAUGGCCAACCACACUGCGGUACCUGCUCACAUAUUCAAUCACUCCAUCUCAAAAUUUAUGAGGAAAGGGAUGCCUGGAGACUGGAAGAACCACUUUACUGUGGCUAUGAAUGAGAACUUUGAUAAGCAUUAUGAAAAGAAGAUGGCAGGGUCCACACUGAACUUCUGCCUGGAGAUCUGAGAGGAACAACAACAAACUAAGUGACAGAGACUAUGCCAACUAUUUCGCCUUUUAUUCUGUUGAGCAAGGAACUGUGACUGAAUGUGGAGCUUAUGAGCUUCAGUCCAUCUCCUAUAGUGUGGCUAGUUUGCUAUAAUAUUAAAACAUGAUUUAAAAUAUCAACAAACCAGUUACUCCAGUAAAUAAAAUAAGAGAAUUAGAGAGCA